AUGGGAAAUCUAUUAUCUUGGUUUCCGUCUUCCUUCACAUACGAUGUUUGCCUGGUCUUCUGUGGUGACGAUUUGCAUGACAGUUUCCCCCGGAAUCUACUGAAAGCUUUGAAUGAGAGAGGAAUCCGCACCUUUAUCGAUAAGAACCAAGAAUCUACUUUGAAGGCCAUAGAAGAAUCUAGGACUGUCAUUAUCAUCUUCGCUGAGGAUAUUUGUGGACUGCCAUUAGACUUUUACUCUAUUGAUCGUUAUGGAGAGCACGCCAUUAUUACCCCUGUUUUGAUCAACACUAAUCCUUCUCAAGUGGCAGAGGCUGCAUACGGAUUUUAUGAUCCGUACAAUCCUGAAGAACAUCCGUCCCCGUAUGACGAAUAUUUUGAAGUAGAUUGUUACCAUCGUUGUUGUUAUACAGCUGAAAAGCCCGGCUGGUAUUUCAAAGAUGGGUACCUUCCGGACCACUAA